AUGUCUGGAUUAAAAAGAAAAUAUAUGGGAGGGGCGGAAAAACUUCGAAUCAAAGCUAAUAAAAAAAAAGAAAUUGAAAAAUUAAAAGGUUCUCUUGACAAUUACAUGACGAAAAAAUUAACAACACCAGAAACCGUUAUAAAUGAAUCAAUAGAAAGUAGCUUAAAUAGUAAUAGUGAAGCAUGUUGCACCUCUGAUUUAAUUGUUAAAAACUCUGAUACUAGUUGUACUAGUACUCAAAAUGACUCUGUUUCAAUCGACCAAGGGGUUCAAAUAGAAGACAAUAUUAUUAGCGGUGAAAAGUGUAAAGUUGAUUCAAACUCAUUCAUAAAAGGUUGUGGAAAUGAUGAAAUAGAUUACAGCAAGUUGAAGAAAAAUGAUGCUUUAUGGCCAUUAAAAAUCUCAAAUGAAUUUCAAGAAUUUUUUGUGAUGGAUCCUCCUGACCAAAAUAUGGAUAAAAUUAAAAACUCAAGACAGUUUUUUAAUGAGUCUAAAAAAUUAUACUGCUAUGUUUGUAAACUUUUUUACCCUGAUGAUGAUAAGUUAUGUAAAGAUGGUUUUGAUGAUUGGAGACAUGUUUCACGACGUCUUACUGGACAUGAACGUUCGAUAAAUCACAGAAAAUCAGUGUGUGUUUUAUCCAACCGUGCAAUGAAAAAUAGUCGAAUUGAUCAAGACAUUGUGUUGCAGCAUAAAAAAGAAGUUGAGUAUUGGAGAAAUGUGCUUAAAAGAACUGUCGCAGCAAUUAAGUUUAUUUCUCAAAGAGGACUACCAUUUUUUGGAGAUGAUGAAAAGCUUAAUUCAGCACAUAAUGGAAUAUUUUUAGGUAUAUUAGAGUUGAUUAGUGAAUUUGAUCCAUUUUUAUCAAAUCAUCUAACCACAUAUGGAAAUAAAGGAUCCGGAAAUACAAAUUACAUUUCAUCUUAUACUGUUAGAAAACUGAUUGAUCUAAUGGCUAAUAAAGUAUUAGAUCACAUAUUAAUGGAAGUUAAAUCUGCAAAAUAUUUUGGAAUUAUUGUAGAUUCUACACCCGACAUAACUCAUAAUGAUCAGAUGGCAUACGUGUUGAGAUAUGUUGAUGAAAGUGGUGAAGUGUUUGAACGUUUUAUUAAACUUGAAAAUAUUCAUGGUCAUUCAGCAGAAUAUUUAUUUUCAACUAUAAAAGCUAUGUUUGAUAAAGUAGGACUUGACAUAAAAAACUGUGUUGGUCAGUCUUAUGACAACGCUGCUAAUAUUUCCGGUAAAUAUACUGGACUCCAAGCUCGCAUUAAAGAGUUAUCUCCUGUAGCAACCUAUGUUCCAUGUGCUGCACAUUCAAUACAUUUAGUAGGAGUUAAUGCAGUUUCAUCAAGCACUACAACAGUAAACUAUUUUGGUGUUGUCCAAGCAUUAUAUGUAUUUUUUUCUUCUUCCCCUCGUAGGUGGGAAAUUUUGUGUGAAAGAUUAAAAUCAAACGAAUGUUGUUUAACGUUAAAGUCAACAUCACAAACACGAUGGUCAGCUGAUGCAAACGCCAUAAAAGCAUUAAGGCUUGGAUAUAAUGAAGUAUUGGUAGCAUUGGAAGAUAUCAGUCAAGAUCUAAAUCAAAAUCCAACAAUUCAAAAUGAAGCCAGGCAACUUCUUUCGAAGCUUAAAAAAAAAGAAACUGGUGUCUUAACCACAGUAUGGAACUCAAUUUUACAAAGAAUUAAUAGCGUUAACAAGGACUUACAAUCAUCUAAAAUUAAUGUCUCAGCUAUAGUUCCCCUUUAUACUUCAUUAAUUGAUUUUAUUCAAAGUGUCCGGGAAAAUUUUACAAUGUAUGAAGAGGAAGCAUCCAGCUUAAACAUUACUUCAGAUUAUUCACUAAAAAGAAAAGUGAAAUCAGAUAUUAUCAAGAAUACAUCAAAUUUAUUGGACCAUUUUCCUGAUGACUUGGAUAAAGAAACCUUUGUAGAUGAAAUGCUACAAUUCCAAGAAUUAAAAAUGUCAUUGUUUAGCGAUGAUAAGACUAUAGAUAAUCCUCAAUACCAACUUAAAUACCUAAAAUCGAUGAACAUAAAGCAUACGUUUCCCAAUAUUGAAACUGUGUUACAAAUCUAUUUGACGAUUCCUUGUAAUAAUUGUAGCAGCGAACAAUCAUUCUCAGCGUUAAAACGUGUAAAAACUCGAUUGAGAUCAUGUUUAUCUCAAGAUAGACUUGAUAAUCUGACUCUGUUAACAGUAGAACACGAAAUAACAAAACAAUUAUCAUAUGAUGACAUCAUUGAAGAGUUUUCGAAGAACCCUGAAAAAAAAUCAAUGUAA